AUGGACUGGUCACCGGACAAGCUUGAGUUCUUCGUGAAUGGGGAGCGCACCUGGUUCCUCGACCGCAGCCCCGGCUCGACCAACUACGACUGGCCCUACGCCAAGCCCCACUUUGCGCUCCUCAACCUCGCCAUCGGCGGGAACGGCGUCGGGUACGCCACGCCGCCCGACGACGCCUACCCACUCACCUACUCGAUCGACUAUGUCUCGAUCGUGGCGCUGCCGCCCCCGCCGCCCUCUCCACCUCUUCCGCCGUGGUUCAAGUGCGGCACGGCCGCGUGCACGCCAGGGGUGUGGGCGGCGGCGGCGGCGAAUAGCGAGUGCACGACGUGCUCGUGCGGCGAUCGGAUCGAGUGGCUGCAGACGUCGCCGGAUGGACCAAAGAUGGACGAGGCCGCGGCCUGUGCGCAGGUGGCGGGUGUCGAGUUUUCAGAGGCCUGCGGCGGCUGCGAUCCGGCCUCCGCCGCCCCCUCGCCAACGCCGUCGCCCUCUGGCCCUGGCAGCGGCGGCGGCGUUGGAGCCCGAGGCGUCAAGUGCGCCAUCGCGGCUGAAUAUGGUCGAGGCAGCAACAACGCGCAGGCAGCCAUCGAAGCCGGGCUCCUGACGGCCGCCGACCUCAACGGCCUCAACGACUGGACCGACUCGGGCCUCAUGCUCAAGCAGUGGGACGACUCUUCGGCGCUGUGCCCGCCCCCGGCCGGAAGCGUCAACGGCCGGAGCCGGUUUUCACUUUUCAACGAGCCUCCGCGCGACUCUGGGGCGGCGGCGGCCGCCACCUGGAAGGUGUACCAGGCACGAUGCGCCUCGGAGCUCGCGGGGUACGAGAUCGUGGGCCCCGCCGUCCACAACGGCCUCGACUGGAUGCGCGACUUUUACAGCGCCUUCUUCGCCGCGUGUCCAGAGUGCCAGGAGCCGGCCAGCCCGCUCUACGUGACGUACAUAGCCUUUCAUGCCUACGCAACCGCCUCCGACACCGCUGGCGUGGUUGGGUCGAUGGUGUGGACGCACGAUGCGGCGUGCACGCUACAGGCGGAAGCGUGGGCACUCGGCCGGCCUGUGCUGCUCACGGAGUUCGGCGCGCAGCUCGACGUGCGAGGCGGCGUGGAGCAGUGGCUCACGGCCAUGGACACCAUCUUCGAUCCGCCUACACAG